UCUGCGGCCACGGGCGGCAAAGCGGAUAAGUCGGGAUAAAAACUGGAAAAGCCGAGCGGACAGUCCUUUAAAAACGGGGACCUCAAGUGCAUAGGGAAACCGAAGAAACGCGAGUGCGGAAAAGCGUUGCAGUGCAAAUUGCGGACAGGCGGAAACCGCGUUUCGUUUACAUUGUCCAGGCAUCUCGAGUGUCUGAAUAUUUGAAAAAGCAUUCCAGCAUCGCAGCUGCCAAAUCAAUUCUCGAGUGAGCCUUUAAAAACAGCAAAUUGAAAUCGAAAUUAAAAACGCAAAAAACGAAAUCGAAAACGCAAGCCGCAGAAACAAAAACCGAAAUGUGUCUCGGGAUAAUCGUCAUCGAAAUUGCAUUGCCAUUGCGACAUUAAAAUGCAAUUUGUGCCGGUCGGCGACUCCAGUUACUGUCAAACUGUUGCCUCUUUAGCGGAUUAAUAUUUCUGUAAAUACCAGCCAAAAAGAAAAACGAUCUGAAAAACAGAAAACUCAUCAGCAGCAACACAGUCAAACAUGUCGACCAUAAAGCUGCUCAUUAUCGGUCACCUUUGGCUCUCGAUUGGCCUGAUCUCCGGCGACGAUUCGCUGGACACGCGUGAGGGAGUCGAUCUGGUGCUCAAGUGCCGCUUCACCGAGCAUUACGACUCGACCGACUUCACCUUCUACUGGGCGCGAUGGACCUGCUGUCCCACAUUGUUCGAGAACGUGGCCAUUGGCGAUGUGCAGCUCAACUCGAAUUAUCGCUUGGACUUUCGACCGAGUCGGGGAAUUUACGAUUUGCAAAUCAAGAAUACUUCUUAUAAUCGGGAUAAUGGACGCUUCGAGUGCCGAAUCAAGGCGAAGGGCACUGGUGCGGACGUCCAUCAGGAGUUCUACAAUCUGACCGUGCUGACGGCCCCGCAUCCGCCGAUGGUCACCCCGGGAAAUUUGGCAGUGGCCACCGAGGAAAAGCCACUGGAGUUGACCUGCAGCAGUAUUGGCGGUUCACCGGAUCCCAUGAUAACCUGGUACCGGGAGGGCAGCACAGUACCGCUGCAGUCGUAUGCGCUGAAGGGCGGUUCGAAGAACCACUAUACCAACGCCACCCUGCAGAUUGUUCCCCGACGGGCCGACGAUGGCGCCAAGUACAAAUGCGUCGUCUGGAAUCGUGCCAUGCCCGAGGGUCAUAUGCUGGAGACCAGUGUUUCGCUGAAUGUCAACUACUACCCCCGAGUGGAGGUGGGUCCCCAGAACCCUCUACGAGUAGAACGCGAUCACGUGGCGAAACUGGAGUGCCGAGUGGAUGCCAAGCCGAUGGUCAGCAAUGUGCGAUGGUCUCGAAACGGUCAGUACGUGAGUGCCACGCCCACCCACACCAUAUACAGGGUGAAUCGUCAUCAUGCCGGGAAGUACACCUGCAGUGCGGACAACGGCUUGGGCAAAACGGGCGAAAAGGAUAUCGUCUUGGAUGUUCUAUAUCCCCCGAUAGUGGUGAUAGAGUCGAAAACCCACGAGGCGGAGGAGGGGGAAACUGUUUUGAUUCGCUGCAAUGUCACCGCAAAUCCUUCGCCAAUAAAUAUUGAAUGGUUAAAGGAAGGAGCUCCGGACUUCCGAUACACCGGCGAACUUUUAACCCUUGGUUCUGUGAGAGCCGAGCACGCUGGAAACUAUAUCUGUAGAUCGGUGAAUAUAAUGCAGCCGUUCGGUUCGAAAAGAUUGGAGGGUGUGGGUAAUUCCACGGUGGCCCUACUAGUUCGUCAUCGGCCGGGUCAGGCGUAUAUAACCCCGAAUAAGCCGGUGGUUCAUGUGGGCAAUGGUGUGACCCUGACCUGCUCAGCCAAUCCUCCGGGCUGGCCAGUUCCCCAGUACCGAUGGUUCCGGGAUAUGGAUGGGGACAUAGGUAAUACCCAGAAAAUCCUGGCUCAAGGUCCCCAAUACUCCAUACCCAAAGCUCACCUGGGAAGCGAGGGAAAAUACCAUUGUCAUGCGGUGAAUGAGUUGGGGAUUGGAAAGAUAGCCACCAUUAUUUUGGAAGUCCAUCAGCCACCUCAGUUUUUGGCCAAGCUGCAGCAACAUAUGACUCGAAGAGUGGGCGAUGUGGAUUAUGCGGUGACUUGCAGUGCCAAGGGAAAACCCACUCCUCAAAUCCGAUGGAUCAAGGAUGGCACGGAGAUUUUGCCCACGCGAAAGAUGUUCGAUAUAAGAACGACUCCCACGGAUGCCGGUGGUGGAGUGGUGGCCGUCCAAAGUAUCCUCCGAUUCCGGGGCAAGGCCAGGCCCAAUGGAAACCAAUUGCUGCCAAACGAUAGAGGUUUAUAUACCUGCCUCUACGAAAACGAUGUGAACUCGGCGAAUUCCUCUAUGCAUCUGCGUAUAGAACAUGAGCCUAUAAUUAUUCAUCAAUAUAACAAAGUGGCCUAUGAUCUGAGGGAAUCCGCAGAGGUGGUUUGCCGCGUUCAGGCCUAUCCGAAACCCGAAUUUCAAUGGCAAUACGGAAACAAUCCCUCGCCCUUGACCAUGUCUUCGGAUGGCCACUAUGAGAUAAGUACGCGAAUGGAGAACAAUGAUGUGUAUACCUCUAUCCUGAGGAUAGCGCACUUGCAGCACUCCGACUAUGGGGAGUACAUUUGCAGGGCUGUUAAUCCCUUGGAUAGUAUCAGGGCUCCCAUAAGACUGCAGCCCAAGGGUUCCCCGGAAAAGCCCACAAACUUGAAGAUCCUCGAGGUGGGUCACAACUAUGCCGUCCUGAAUUGGACACCCGGAUUCAAUGGUGGCUUUAUGAGCACCAAAUAUCUGGUGAGCUACAGGAGAGUGGCCACACCUAGGGAACAGACCCUAGCCGACUGUUCGGGUCAUGGCUAUAUACCCAGUUAUCAGAUAAGCAGCUCUUCCAGUAGUUCCAACCACGAAUGGAUCGAGUUCAACUGCUUCAAGGAGAACCCCUGCAAACUGGCACCUUUAGAUCAGCAUCAGAGUUACAUGUUCAAGGUAUAUGCUCUGAACUCCAAGGGAACUUCGGGUUAUUCGAAUGAGGUUUUGGCCACCACGAAGGUCAGCAAGAUUCCACCGCCCUUGCAUGUGAGCUACGAUCCCAAUUCGCACGUUCUGGGCAUCAAUGUGGCCGCCACCUGUUUGUCCCUGAUUGCCGUGGUGGAGUCCCUGGUCACCCGGGACGCCACUGUGCCCAUGUGGGAGAUCGUGGAAACCCUGACCCUGCUGCCCUCGGGCAGUGAAACGACCUUCAAGGAGGCCGUCAUCAAUCACGUGUCGCGCCCCGCCCACUACACCACGGCCACCACAUCGGGCAGGAGUCUGGGUGGUGUGGUGGGUGGAGUGGGAGGAGUGGUGGGUGGUGGCGCCCACCUGGGCGAGGAUCGCACCAUGGCCUUGGCGGAGACCGCCGGUCCUGGUCCAGUGGUGCGGGUCAAACUAUGUCUGCGGUCCAACCACGAUCACUGCGGAGCAUAUGCCAAUGCGGAAAUUGGCAAGUCCUACAUGCCGCACAGCUCCUCCAUGACGACCUCAGCCUUGGUGGCCAUCAUCAUCGCCUCGCUUUCCUUCCUCGUCUUCCUGGCUCUCCUUUACGCCUUUUGCCACUGCCGCAGGCGACACGCCUCCAAGAAAGAAAGUGGUUCGGUGGGAGGAGGGGCUGGAGGAGGAGGCACCGCUAACACCGCCACAAAUCCAGGAUCCGCGGGAACCAAGGAGUACGACCUUGACUUGGACGCCAGCCGAAGACCCUCGCUGAGCCAGGAUCCCCAGCAGCAGCAGCCUCCGCCACCACCUCCCUACUACCCCACUGGAAGUCUGGACUCCAAGGACAUAAGCAACGGGAACGGCGGGAUGGAACUCACCCUCACCGCCCUCCACGAUCCCGACGAGCAGCUGAACAUGCAACAGCAGCAACAGCACCACAGCAACCACGGCCAGUACCAACAGCCCAAAGCCAUCCUGGGCAUCUAUGGUUCCAGCGGAGGGGGUGCCAGCUCCGGGGGCAACGGGGCAUCCGGGGGACCACAGCAUCCACAUUCGAACGGCUACGGCUAUCAUGUGACAAGUGCCAUCGGCGUGGACAGCGACAGCUAUCAAGUGCUGCCCUCCGUUGCCAACUCAGCAGCCGGAUCCCACGGACAUGGCAAUGGACAUGGACACGGACACGGACUGGGAGCCGGAGAGUCAGGACCACUUGAGGCGACACCAGCAACAUGCAACAUCAGCGGCGGCAGCAGCAACAUUAACCCAUUGCAGCAGCAACAUUCAGCACGCGCCAAUUUAACGAACCAACCCACCAUCGCCAUUGCCAACAACACCACCAACAAGAACAACUACAACAACAACGUCAACAACAACUACAACAACAGCACGAACACCACCACCAACAACACCAACAACUGCACCACCACCACCCUGAAACGCAGCCAUUUGGGAAACAGAGAGCGGGAAAGGGAUGCCAGGGAAAUGAGAUCCCUGGUGACCGCAGCCACUGCGGCAACAACAACAGCACUGGCGACCACCAUAACAACAACGUCUCGCAAUGCCAAGGCAGCAACAACAACAACAACACUAGCCAUCACAGGGUCAAGCAACAAUUCGAACGAGAACAACUACAGCAAUGCCAGGGAUUUGUCGCAGGAGGCCUUGUGGCGCCUCCAAAUGGCCGCCGCCCAGUCGCAGCAGAUUUAUGUGGAGCGCCCGCCGUCGGCAUUCAGCGGCCUGGUCGACUACAGUGGCUACUCGCCGCACAUCCCGACGGUCACCAGUUCGCUCAGUCAGCAGAGCUUCAGUCCCACGCAGCAGCUGGCGCCCCACGAAAUGCUGCAGGCUGCCCAGCGGUACGGAACCCUGCGGAAGUCCGGAAAACAGCCGCCUCUUCCGCCCCAGAGGAAGGACCUGCCACAGCAGGCGAAGCCGCAACAGCAAAUGGCGGAUAUAAUACAGGAUUUGGCAAAUUAAACUAAUUGCCAGUUAAGAGCAGCAACCCGCAACAAAACGGCAACAAAAUACAUUUUGACAUAAGCAUUUAAGUAAGUAAAUAGCAAAAAAUUAAACACAUAAAAAAUUUAAAUAUCUAGCUGUUUAAGUGGCGUAAAAAUUGCUGGCAAUGCAAACGUAAAAAGCAAAUUAAGAGAAAGCUUGCCUAUUUCGACCAAAACCAAAAAAAAUGCUGUAAAUGUGAAAAAUCUACAGAAAUACCAAAAAUAAGAAAUAAGUAAAAAUACAAGUAUUUUAGGAAAUACUCAAAGAUAAAAAAAACGAAAACAAAAUUCUUAAGCUCUUUAUUUUGUUAUCACUCGUACAAAAAAAAAGAUGUAGAGAUAUAAAGAAAAUUGGUGACUAUUUUAAUGAGCAAUUAUACCGACUUUGUUUUUUGAAGAUAAUUAUAAUAAUUAUGUAUUUAAAAUCAGAUAGUAUUAAUUACACAGUCAUGUGAAAAGUGAAGCCAUUUUUUCUAGUCCUGGGCAUUGAUGCAUUUUCUUCGUUUCAACCUUUAUGAAUGCAUAAUUAAAAUGAAUAUAACGUGUUAAAUUAUCAAUUGUUUGUCAGCCUUAUUCUAGGUUCUUUCGGUGUCUUCUACAUUUUAAAUUGGCUUUAAAACCAUUAUUUGAAAAAGUCAUCUCAAAAAUAGUACAUAAUUUCUUAAAAAUUCAAAUAUAAUUUCCAAAGCCACCACCGCAUAUUUUAUUUAAAUUUAAAUAAUAGCGAAUUCCAUAUUUUGUCGAUCGUGUGGCCAAAAUAUUGAGGUCCAUGGUGACAAACUGCAAAAAUACCGCCAUGUUAUUCUGGUCAAAUCAUUGUUAAACCGACAGCCAAACACAAAAGCCACCUUUUGAGGUUUCUAUUGCCUUUUUUAUGGCCGUUUUGCUGAAUAUGGAAAUUGUGUUCGUUUAAAUCAAAUAAGAGAGACAAAAUGUUCAUUUAAUUGCUUUUCCACCCGGCCAGGUCAAAAUAAACCAAUGGCCAAUAAAAAUCAAACUUCGAUACAAUGCGAAAAAAGGGGAAAGGUUGGCAAAAGUUUUCGACUCCUCAUUAGCUUUUGUCUCCAUUGGGGCAUUAAAUUGGAACGAAUAUUUGUUUGCUCAACUCGACUAAUUGCGCUGCUAAUUUCAAUUGUUCGCAUUGUCGGCGGGCAAUAAUAAUGCAAAAAUUGUAAUUACAAAUUAACAAUUGGUCGUCUGGGUCCCCCGGUGACCCAAAAUUAGAUUGUGUAAAUUUGCAAAUUAAUUUGCCAUUGCACAAAGCCCCCGGUGCAACUCAGUUCGGCAAAAUCAGAGCACAAAAUAUCAAUUUAUUUACUGUGCCAUCUGUAAAUAGUAGACACGGACACUGAGUCAUUUAAUUGCAACUGCAACCAACUUUUAAACUAAGCGCUGCCAGUCAAAAGUCCAAGUGAGUUGCAUUUACAUUUAAACUAGAUAAAAAAUAUUUACACAGCGACAUACCAAACCGCAAAAUAUGGAAAUUAAAAUAGAAAAACUAUCUUUUAGCAUAAAGAGAGCAAAUCUUUGAAAUAAAAUCAUAAUAGCCGGAAAAGAGAAUAAUCAACAGACAGCAAAACGAAUUCAAUUUAAAUGUUAAGCUGCGGGGAGUUUCAGAAUGCUUUUGUUUUGUGAACCAAAAUUGAGUGAAAAGUUCAUUACAGAUACUUUUUCGGUUGUUAUUUACUUUUCGCCUUCAUUCGUGAAAAGUGAUUACCGAAAAAUCAUCGCCCAACUUUCACAAAACUUUCACCCGACUUGAGGGUGGAAUGCGGUUAUUAUAAAUAUUGAUUCGCCUGCCCUUCUUUUUUGCACUCCGAAAGUAAUAAAAUUUAUUAAAUUUGUAGCCAUCAAAACGGGUUGUAAAACAUUUAGUUGUACAGAUUUUUCGCUUGUUUCCCAAUUCAAAAUCAAACCCUUUAGCACUCAGUGAUAUAGUAAAAAACAAAGCAAGACACAGAAUAUUUAAUUGCACAUAGAGGGGGAAAUAUCUUUAAUCCAAUACUUGUUCAGCUCCGUUAUGAAAUAUUCAAGUAAUAAAUCCACAUAAUUGAAGCAUUUAUUUUGGUGUUAGGCAAACAAAAAAGAGUAAUGUAAAAGAGAAAAACAUCAGUAUUUUUUGGGAAUGUUUGCGCAACAAAUUAUGCAUGGAAAUAAAGUUAAGUAAAUUAACUAAAAUGUUUCAAUGAAUGUUGCGCAUGCAUAAACCUCUCCUAGCAAUGGAAACCAAUUAAAUGGAUAAUUAAAUUUUAAGAAUAUUGUACAUACUUAAACAGAGUAAACCAAAGAGUAUAGAUAUUCUAUGUAAACAGUUUAAUUCGAAAUAAAUAUGUUAAAAUAUGGUCAAUAAUAUAAAAAAAGAAUAGCUAAUAAGAACUGCAUUUUUGAGUGUGUUUGUGUGGCUCUGAGUAAAACACAUUGCAUCUCCUCUCAAAAAUAUUUAAAGAUAUAAUUUCUGGUUUUACUUAAAAGUAUGUAUUAUAUAAAUUAAAUUUAGAAUUAGUUUAUAUUUUCAGUUUAGACCCCAAACAAACUCAGACCGCAAAAGCAUUUUUCCAUUAUCCACCUAGAUAUAAACCAAAAUGUACUUGUAAUCCAAAACCAAAUGAGAUCAAAAUAGUCGAUAAACCUUAGUCUAAGUCUGAAACUUAGUUAAACUGUCCAUUUUGUCAAUGUGCGUUUUAUUGUUUCCACUUAAACUAAAUGUAAACUAUUAAAACUGUUCUCCAAAUGAAAACUGAGACAACGGAAAUGUUCACGCCAGGCGUUUGUAACAUUUUACUGUCAUUUUUAUUGCAAAACCAAACAAGAAUUAAACUAAUUUUAAAUGUAAACCUAGACCGUAAUGAUAUACGAUAUUAUACAAUGUAAAACAGAAUAUACGAUAAUUAUAAAGUAAAUAAAAUGAAAA